GUUCAAAACGCUCGCCCUAGAGGCCCUGGCGCGAUGUGCUUCCCCAAAGCAGAGAUGCUGGUUAACUACUCCUUUGGAACAUGUCAACAUAGGAAGAUCUUUCCUCACUUCUAUCCCCCAAACUUGUUGGGAAACAAGUUUCUCCCUAUUAGGGGAGUGCCCCACAGAGGGCCUGGAUGUUAUAUAGCAGAAGAAAAUAAAGACUUGGCAUACAACCUCGAUAAGAUCCCAACCAGUAUAAAAGGAUAUGGUUUUGGAGCCAGAACAGCUGUGAGGUUUAAGCCAAAGAACAAGGAUGUGACACCUUACCCAGGCAUGUACCAGACAGUCAAUCUUCAGGAGCAAACACACAAACCAAAUUUUGCUCCAUUUAAUACCUUGUCACCUCGCUUUCGGACAUACUCAAAGGACCCUUGUUAUCCUGGCCCUGGCACAUAUAAACUAGAGAAAAAGGCACCCCAGAAAGUCACCUGGCCAAUGAGAUUUGGAUCUCCAGACUGGGCUCAGGUUCCAUGUCUACAGAAAAGAACCCUGAAAACUGAGCUGUCCACAGACAAGGACUUUAGAAAGCAUCGGAACCGUUUGGCCUACCUAAGCUUGUACUACAACUGAAAAGCUGUGACUACCUUCACAUGCUCCUCCUGACCACAGACUCUCCAGGACUGAGGACAGAGCUGCUCUUGUCCUUCUGCAUUGCUCUGACCCUCCCGUCUGCCAGCAUGGGGUGCAGGGAGGGGCAAAGGGCUCAUAAUUACUAUAUGACAGCAUAAAGACUCAUUGUACA